AUGGCCAUUUUAUCAUCAUACAAGUUUUCAUUUGCCUUAGUAGCCAUAACCAUAGCCAUAUUCCUUGGCAAUGCAACAUGUUCAACAAGCAGAGGUGUGCCUGCAAUCUCAGCCUCUCCAGCAGUGUUGCCGUACGUGACAGCGCCCAACAUGUCCUCAUUCUUCCCUUCUCAUCAGCCCGCAGCGGCCCCCGCCCCCGCCCCCGAGCCUGAGUCUGAGGCCUUUGCACCUGUGCCUAGCUCGGGAGAGUUCGUGGGAAGGGUCUCUUUUGCUCAAUCAAAUAAUCCAAAAGGCUUCUCAUUGGCUUUGCAUUGCAUUAUGGGGUUCUUUGUGGUAUUUUUCUAUUGA